GAAGACCCGCGAGGCCACGCCCCUUCCUGCCUCAGACCCGUUACGUCGGUCGAGGCGGAAGCUCUCCGCAAUAACAUAUCGGAGCUAACAUGGCACAGCAGGGUGAGGGCGACUCGGGCAACGGUAAUGAACAACUGUUAGACCUGGGAGCUUCCCUGCUAAAAGAUUUUAUCUACCAACGGGUUCAGCGUCAUGGGGACAGCAAUGCUUUGGUGACAAGGAACCAGUUGGGCGGGACAGAGUUGUGUGACCCGAGCCAUAAGAGACUUGCGCAGUGUCUUCAGCAGAUUGGAGACGAGUUAGACAGCAAUGUACAGCUGCAGAGUAUGAUAAAUGACUCGGCGCUACAGCCCACCCAAGACGUGUUUGUGAAAGUGGCUUGUGAAAUCUUCUCUGAUGGGAAGUUUAACUGGGGCAGGGUGGUGGCGCUUUUCUAUUUUGCUUGUCGACUCGUCAUCAAGGCUGUGCUGACUAAGCUUCCUGACAUCAUCAGAACCAUCAUCAAUUGGACCGUAGACUACCUGCGGGAACAUGUGAUUAAUUGGAUCAGGGAACAGGGAGGCUGGGAAGGUAUCCGGUCCUACUUUGGAACCCCUACCUGGCAAACUGUUGGCGUCUUUCUGGCUGGAGUGCUCACCACUGUGCUGGUCAUGCGCAAAAUGUGAUGCGAAAAAGAAGAGAGAGCAUGCGAGAGCAUGAAGGAAAAGAAUUAUGAGAAAGAGAGAGAGAGAAAGGUACAGUCAGCUGAUUAAGGGAACAGACAUGCAGGGGAAGAGGGAGGGACAAAGUGAAGAGCAAAGAUGUUAUGCAGAGAGAAAGAUAGAGUGAGCGAGAUUGAUUCAACAGAGUGAACGAGGAGAAGUUCACUCAAUCUUGAUGGCAAAGAAAGAAAGAGAGAAAGAGAAAGGGGAAAAGAGAGCGAGGAAUAGAGGAAAGCUGGGGCCGAGCGAAUUGUUUCAUUGCUCCUCUUUACUCUUAGACUCUUAAGCCUAUUCCUUUCCACACCUACAUAAUCAAACCUCAGAAACACAUGCACUGAAAAAGGAAACGAAACGAGAGACAGACCGAGGGAUGCACAGGAGGCUGGGCUGGGGCGGGGCUUUUUUUGUUGUUGUUAUUUAUUUUUUAUUUUCUGUCAAAUGAAAUCAAAGUGGGGUUGCCUUUUGUCUUUAUAUAAUGGGUAGUUUAGAUGAUUUUUGAAGAAAUCAACUUUUAAGACUUUUCCUGCACUAGGAAAUCACUCAUUCAUUUGCAUGCCUACUUGAAUCACUGUCCUCUAGCAAUGCAAACAUGAGGACGCACAUAUAUAUAUAUAUAUAUAUAAAUACUGAAGUUGCACAUACACUUGGACGCUUUAAUUUAGGUUAAUGUUUCCACACCUGUAGUUAUCAUAUAGUACCAUUUUCUGAUCCAAAUCAGUGAACGAGUUGACUGUGUAAACUUUGGAUUGUUUUCCUCUUGGUUUGGUUUGGUUUGGUUUGUGUUCACACAGGUGCACCAAAAUGUGUCACAACAAACCACAUGAUAAACUACUCUCUGCUUAUUGGUCAGACCUGUCUGUUGUGGACACAGAUAAAUACAGGAAGAAGAUACUGUGUUCUGGACUAGUGCAAUUUAACUUGUAGUAGCAGCAGAAAUGGCAGAUUUCAUGAUUUAAUAAUAAUGGGCUGGGCAAUAGUUCGAUAUCGAUUUACAUGUAUAUGGCAAUACAUUUUUGUUUAGCAAACAUAACAGGACAUGAGGUGAUUUCUGAUAUUUCAGUAUACAUUUUUUACAGCAUCCGUCACUGACUGAUUUUCAUUACAGGACCCAUUAUGUACAGUAAAUAAACAAAUCCUUUGGAUGCUUUAUUUACAGUUUUGCUGCAGGUUUUAUAUUGUUUAUAUUGAUAGUGGAAUUAAUUUGAAUUAUACAGACGUGAAGAAAUAUAUUACAAUAUAAAAUUUUGGCCAUAUCGUUCAGCCCUAGGUUGGAUUAAGAUCACGUUUUUUUUUUUUUUUUUUUUUUUUUUUCUUCACACCAGUAACAAACCGCUCCAGAGUUUGUUCAGAACUGGGCUGAGAUAACACCUUCUCUCAAAUGUCUUGAUGUGUUUGUUUGGUUUGGAUCUGAAUAUGAGUGCAGUUUCUGUGUUCACACCUGCCCAAAUGAACCGGACUAGAAAGUCCAAGUGUGAAAACGCCCUCAGAUUACAGUUACUAUUUGCAAAAGGUUUCUAAGUGCUUGAUGUUUUGAUGUUUUCUUUUAAUUACCCCAGUGUCUUCAGUCUUUUUUUUUUCUUCAGUCUGAGGCCUGUUUUUGUAAUAUAAUUGAAAAUAGGCAAUCAUCAUCAGGCUCAAAAGGAGGUACUCUGCUGUCUCCCUCGUUCUUUCUCUCUCUUCCUCUCUUCUUGUGUUCGUUGUCUCCUCCAGUUUAUCUCAACCUUCACUUCUCUUCUCAUCCCCUCCUCUUAUUGAUUAUGCCUGGAGAUGUCUGGAGAUGUGAGUGGAUGUGAUUGUGCUUUUUUUUUUUUUUUUUUAAAGAUGAAGUUAGUUGAACUCCACCAUCCAUAGCUUUGGCUGGCAGUAAGGGCAAUAAUAACAACCUGACGAAGGUGACAAUCUUUUUUUAUAUCUUCUGGACUGGAUCAUCUUAAUGCAGUCCAGGGUUCUGCUGUCAAUUUAUAUUAAUAAUAAGCCCUAAGCCUGGUUUAUGGGUGUUUAAACCUGGAAAAGGAAAGGAUGGAAAUGUUACCCAUUAAGGGAUUCACCAAGAGGACUUCCUCUUAAAGGAUUAAAAGGACAGUUUAACGCAGCCAUAAUUGUUAUGCCUGAUCUAAAAUAAGUCCUGCCUGGUCUGACAAGAAAGAGAAAUAUCCAGAUAUUCUGGCCAUUACAGUCUCCUCCACGUCGUUCCCUUUGUGAGUACUGUAUUUUUUGCACUAUAAGGCGCACUUAAAAUACUUUAAUUUCUUUAAAAAUCGCCUGUGCGCCUUUUAAUUUGUGCGUCUUUUAAAACCGUUGGUGCACCUUAUGUAUGAAUCCUAGCAGUCAGGUUGUAAGGAGCAGUAAAGCCACUCCACUGAAGUACAGCAUUAUACUCAAGCUUCAGUUUAGUGGAGUAGCAUUGUAAUGCAUUAGCAUUAACCGUUAACCCCUAUUUCCCCAUUCAGAGGUGAGUAUUAUCUGCCUGUAGCCUGCUGCUAACCCCAGCUAGCACUGCUGGAGCAGCAUUAGCAUUACCCGCUAACCACGCUAAGCGCUAGCUCUUUCUCUGUAGCUUAGCUUUACUUAACUAAGUUUGCUACACCCCCACCCUUCACUAUUCCACUAUUAUAAUCUAGUGCUCCGUACGUAUGAAAAUAGACCAGAACUUAGACGUUCAUUGAUAGUGCGCCUUAUAGUGCAAAAAUACAGGCAAGUGUGAAAUGAAAUAUCUGUAUAUGUGUGUGUUAGUGUGUUUGUCUCUCAUUUGGACAGUACACUCUCGCACGAACUGUGUCUGUAGACACAACCAAUCCCACAAUCCCACUCAAUAACCUGGUCUCUUUAGCGUGAUCUCCUCAGUACUGUAUUUUUUUCCAUGGUUAUAAUGUGAAAAAAACAACAAAAAAAAAAAACAAUCUUUAUCGGCAAUCACUCUUUUUAUAUACUUUUUUUUUUUUUUUUUUGGGUACAAUACAGAAUCUGUUGACAGUGCCUUGGCUUUUUACUAUGAAAUCGAUUUGAUACAGUCACCACUUUUUCAUCUUUUUCUACUUUGUAUAAAUGUAUGGGAUUUCAGUAAAAUGAUGCCCUCAAGCUGUUUUUCUGUCUUGCUGUGAGCCCAUUUCAGAUGUUUUUGUAAGUCAUAAAAAGAAAUAAAUUGUUUUUAUGGAUUUCA